AUGGGACCUCCUCAGGAAGUCAGUGGCGCAUUGGUUAGCAGGCUCGACUACAACGCCAGUGAUACGGAAAUUAAAGCCGACUUGGACAAAGUGUACGGGGACAGUGCGCUGCCAUACCGUAGUAUUGCCCGAUGGGUAUCUCUCUUCAAAGAGGGGAGAACCAGCACCAAAGAUGAGGCCCGUCCUGGGUGCCCUCUGACUGCUGUGUCUCACAAAGACAUAGAUGAUGUGAAAGUAAUAAUCGAGAAAGAUGCAAGAUGCACAGUGGAGCAGAUAAAAGAAAUGUCGGGACUUAAUUCAUCAGCGGUUUUUCUGAUUUUAAAAGAAACGCUAAACCUGCGUAUAGUUUGUGCAGGCUGGAUAACGCAUUUAUUGACCCCUGAGCAAAAGAGGGAGAGGGCAGAAAAAGCUUCCGGCCUGCUCGUCAAAUAUAAUAACAAGGAAUCUAGGCGUAUCAAAGAAAUAGUUACAGGUGAUGAGACGUGGCUGUACGUUUUUGAGCCUGACAAUAAAGAAAAUAAUAAAAUAUAG